CGAGAUUCACGCCAGAACACCUACACCACAACCCGAACACGAUCAACAUGGCGAUGAAUAAUCCGACACAGAUCUUCGCCGACGACGUGCAAGAAGAAAAAGGCGAAAAUGCCCGUCUCUCCGCCUUCGUCGGCGCUAUCGCAGUCGGUGACCUCGUCAAAUCAACCCUCGGUCCCAAAGGCAUGGACAAGAUCCUGCAGAGCGCCAGCACCGGCGAGAUCAUGGUAACCAACGACGGCGCCACAAUUCUCAAAUCCAUCGCCCUCGACAAUGCCGCGGCCAAAGUUCUCGUGAACAUCUCCAAAGUCCAAGAUGACGAAGUCGGCGACGGCACCACCUCCGUCACCGUUCUGGCUGCCGAGCUUCUCCGCGAGGCCGAACAGCUCGUCAACCACCAUAUCCACCCACAGACCAUCAUAGAAGGCUACCGUCUGGCAUCACAAGCGGCACUGUCGGCCCUCGAAAAGUCCGCCGUCGACAACAGCAAGAAUCCCGACCUCUUCCGUCGUGACCUCCAAUCCAUUGCCCGCACAACCCUAUCCUCCAAAGUCCUCUCCCAAGACCGCGACAAGUUCGCCAACCUCGCCUGCGAAGCCGUCCUCCGCCUCAAGGGCUCCACAGACCUGAACCAUAUCCAAAUCAUUAAGAAAGCAGGCGGGAAGCUGUCCGACAGCUACCUCGACGAAGGUUUCAUCCUGGACAAGAAAGUCGGUGUGAACCAGCCCAAGCGCCUGGAAAAUGCAAAGAUCCUCGUCGCCAACACGGCCAUGGACACCGACAAAGUCAAGAUCUGGGCCUCACGCAUGAAAGUCGGCUCGCCCAAGGAACUGGCCGAGCUCGAAAAAGCCGAGCGCGAGAAGAUGCGUCAAAAGGUCGAGCGCAUCAAGGCCCACGGCAUCAACUGCUUCAUCAACCGCCAACUCAUCUACAACUGGCCCGAGCAACUCUUCACCGAGGCCGGCAUCGUCUCCAUCGAGCACGCAGACUUCGACGGCGUCGAGCGUCUCGCUCUGGUCACCGGCGGCGAAAUCGCAAGUACUUUCGACCACCCGGACCAAGUCAAGCUGGGACACUGCGACCUGAUCGAGGAAGUCAUCAUCGGUGAAGACACGCUGAUCAAAUUCUCCGGCGUCGCGGCCGGCGAGGCAUGCACGAUCGUGCUCCGCGGCGCGACGGAACAGCUCCUCGACGAGGCGGAGCGGUCGCUGCACGAUGCACUCGCCGUUCUCUCACAAACAAUCAAAGAGCCCCGCGUCACCCUCGGCGGCGGAUGCGCAGAGAUGGUCAUGGCCAAAGCCGUCGACUCGCUGGCGCAGCAAGUCGGCGGCAAGAAACGCAUCGCCAUCGACUCCUUCGCCACCGCCUUGAGACAGUUACCCACCAUCCUCGCCGACAACGCCGGUCUGGACUCGUCUGCCCUGGUCUCGGAGCUGCGCAGUGAAGUCUACCGAGGCAUGAUGAAUAGUGGGCUCGAUCUGCUCACGCCAGGCGGUGGCAUCACCGACAUGCGCGAACUCGGCGUCAUCGAGAGCUACAAGCUAAAGAAGGCCGUCGUGAGUUCGGCAAGUGAAGCAGCCGAACUCCUGCUCAGAGUGGACAAUAUCAUCCGCGCCGCGCCGAGAAGGAGAGAGCGUAUGUAAAACCCCCAUUCUCGGGGUAUCUGAACACCACCAGUGGGCGUGCGUUCAAGAACGUCCAGCUCAGGCCCCUGCUCUAAAGCUCCAAUGUGCGGCAGUGUGGCCUGCCUUCCCCCCAUUCCGGAACUUCCCAAUGUUUAACCGUUGGUUUUGGUUCUCUUAUCCGGGGAAAGGGAAAUUUAAAUUAUGAUGUUGCAGAUCGACAUGCAGCGGGUCCAAAACAAGGCGCGUGCGCCUACAUGAUGCACGCGUGUGAAGUCUCUGGUUGAGAACAUGGUCAUGCGCAUCUUGGCUAGAGAAUGAGCACGGUGGGUCGACGAGGCCGGAAAUGACCCGAGGACCACGGGCAUGACAGGCUUCCAAAAUUUGACAGCCCUAGUCGUGCUGAGAUGGGGAAUCACGAAAUCUAUUACUGUCUCUUGCAAAGCAUGGCAUAGCACGGCGAAUUUGACGGAAGCAGGAAAUGACAUGUCUAUACUCAGGUGGUCGUGGGACUUGCCCAGCACCGAUUCGUCUCGUUCCAGGUCUUGUCUACAGCCAGCCAAGAAAACAAAAAUGGUUCGGGAAAUGAGAAGAGGAUGCAUGUACGAUUUUACAGACGAUUGCCAAAAGCCGAAUCCUUUCACGAAUGCAUUCUAAGCCACGUUGCCAUUCCACGAAUACUACUCCGUAGAUAUGACGAGAUAGAUACAGACACAAUGAGACCAUGACUAUCUGCAACAA